AUGCUAGAAAAUGAAAGGGCAUAGGGAUUUCAAUCAACUUCAAUUUAAUCAAAUGGAUUGAAAGAAAUAAGCGAUGAUGCUCAUUAGAGAGCCGUUGAAGCUGCGUACAGAUUUGACAAAGUUUUCAAUCACACUCACUCUUAAUAGGAUAUCUAUAACUCUCUCAACAUAAAAGGCCUUGGAUAUCAUGGAACAUUAUUCGCUUAUGGAUAAACUGGAUCAGGAAAGACUUUUACAAUGGAGGGUUACGACUACGUUUAAAAAGGGCAUAAACAAAACAUUUUUGUGCCUCAACUUAACCCGCAGAAUGACUCUAAUAUAGGAAUAGUGCCCAGAAUCAUUUCAGACAUGUUUAUUCAGAUGAAAGAAAAAUCUGAUUAAAAGCACAUCACCUUAUUUUGCUCUUUUCUCCAAAUUUACAAUGAAAGGGUUUAUGAUCUGCUUAAUGAUUCAUUUUCAUCAAGCAGAGCAGAUCUUAAAGAAAAUCCAGGACUAAAAAUAAGAUGGUCUAAGCAAGACUAGUUUUAAGUAGAAAACUUGUAUAUCUUUGAAUGCGAAAAUGAAAAUUAAAUGAUGGAACUAUAUCAAUAUGGAAUUAAAAAUAGAGUAAUAGCUUCUCAUAAUCUCAAUUAAACAUCCAGCAGAUCUCAUUGUAUUUUUACUAUAACAGUUGAAACUAUUAAUAAGAGUAAUAUUAAAGAAAUCGCUGUGAGUAAAUUGCAAUUAGUUGAUUUGGCUGGCUCAGAAAAAAGCUAUCAAACAGGAAUUAACAGAGACAAAACACAGCAUCACAAGGAAGCUAUUCAGAUUAAUAAGAGUCUAUUUGCCUUAAGAAAAGUUAUUAAAGCCCUCUCACACAAAGCGUUAGGUGAUAUUCCUCUGUCAAAUGAUACAUAAAAUUAUAUUCCAUAUAGAGACUCAAAAUUAACAAGUUUGCUGAAAUAAAGUUUAGGAGGAAAUUCAGUAACCAUUAUGAUUGCCUGUUUGAAUCCGUGUGAUCAAUAUUUUGAGGAAAAUUUCAGCACUCUUAAGUACGCAAAUCAGGCAUCAAAGAUCAAGAAUAAACCAGUAGUUAAUAUUGAUGAAAAAAUUUUACUCAUAAAAUAACUGAGAGAGUUAGAUGUGAUUGAUAGCACAUGUAUUGAUGAAUAAUCAGAUGAUCCAAUCAUGCAGGCAGCUAAGUAAGAUGUUGCUUAAGAAGAGUUACCAUAUAAGAGUAAUAGCAUAAAAGAUGCAAUUAUUGAAACUACUCCUAAGAAUAGUAAUAAUGGAGGUGGACACCUAGAGAAAAUGAAUGAGCAUCUCAUUUAAACCAUCAAUAAAGUUACAGAGCUACUGAAAUCAAAUAAUUUGCUUAGAGAUUAAGUAGAUAAAACUCAAAGAGACAAGGAGGAAAUGGAAUAAAAAUUAUUGCAAACGAACAUUGAAAAUGAGAGAUUGACUCAGAGAAUAGACUAACUUUAAAGGUAAACCGAUAAUGUCUUGAGAGAUUCAAAAGAUUAAUAAGUGAAUUCUGAAUAGUCUUUUCGCCUGCCACGGAUUAGUACUACUAAUUCAAGUUAAGUAAUGACUUAGAAGACUCAAUCAACCACAGAGAAGAACAUCAUUGAUUUGAGGAAGAGUCAGCAAGAUUCUAGCAACGAUAACGAUGAUGAUUUCAUAGAAAAAUUAAUUCAAAAGAAUAAAGAGCUAGAAAAAAGAAAUAUGCAUUUGGAAAAGUAAAAUAUGUAACUACUUUAAGAACUAAAUUUCGUCGGUAAUAAUGAACCUGUUAGACCAUAAUUUGUAUCUAAAGCGAAUGAUACUACUUUGCCUAUUCUAAAUAGCAAAGGAUUUAAAAUGAUGAAUCAAUCAAAAAGCAGCGCUUUGGUGUUUGAACAAAACAUUGUAAGUCCAAAGAAAAAGAAAAAUGAUAGAUAAGCUAAUACAGGUGCGAAUAAUUACUAUGACAUCCAGCAAUUAUAAUAAAUAAAUAAUUAACAAAGAAAUCUAUCAGGAAUGAGGACUGUUGUUAACAAUGAUCUUAAUUUCUACUCGUAAAAAUCCACGUAGAAAGGUUUCGAUAUGUUUAAAACCAACGUUGGAAUCAGUGCAAACCCAGGAAAAUAAUUUACAAAAGCAUAUUCUUAGGUUAAAUAUAAUUGA